AUCUAAUAGGCAUUGUAUUGGUUUCCUGAAGAGUUCUUGCGUUGACUUCAGGAUACCCGGCUUUCAUUUGAAUGAUAGUAUUACUGUCUUUCAAUAUUUUAUUUGUAGAAAUAUCAUUUUAUACAUUUCAAUUGCUUAAAACGAGUAUUUUAUUUUAAGAAUAUCCGUUCGCCUCGUUUUCAUCAUCCUGGUAGGUAUGAUACUCCAAUUCAAAACCUCUACUUCCCAAAAAAGAACUCCAAUUACACAGCGCUCUUCAUAGCUAUAUUUUGAAUUAAAUAAAAAGUAAAGGCUAAUUCUUUAUUUGCGGUUGUCGACUGGCGUCAACUAUAAACUGUAUAGCACUUCAAGUCAAAGAAAAUCACGAUCAUGGAAGAAAGCAUUGAGUUCUUUAGUGAGGAUAAGCUAGCUUUGGUUAUAUCAGACCAAAAAGAGCUAUUAAGAAACAUAAUUCCACUCAAGAAUUGGGUUAUAGGGAGGAACGAUAGAAAGGAAUUAGCAAUUGAAGCUGGUGCCCCCAAAGUUCUAUUAAAUUUGUUUUCUUCUAAGGAGUCAUCUUUAGAAGAAAAAUACGAGGUCUUUAUUGUGCUGAACUCUCUUAUGUCAAACGAUAAAAAAGCGUUUGUUCACUUUUUACGACCAGAAGACCUUUUGUCUGUAAUUGAAUUAGUCUCAGUUGAAGACGAUGUUCCAAAGAAUGUGCUGAUUAUAAUAUUGAAAGUGUUUACGAUCAUGCUUAGUUUUGAUCAAGCUGCCGAAUUUGUGACCCAAGUUCAUUUCUCGCGGCUAUUUAAUCGCCUGUUUGAUUUAUACUGUUUACCGGCUCAAAAAAAGUAUCCUUUGUUUGACGAUAUUCAAAUUUCUUCUUUAGCUGCCUCGGUUCUGGAUCAUAUGGUCUCAUCAAGAAAUCCACAAGUGCAUUCGGUACCAUCUUUCUGUAAUACUAUAUUCUCUAUAAUUGCUUAUACGUCAAAACUGAAAGAGUCGGUUCGGUACAGAUAUUUCAAAAGCUGCGAUACUUUAAUUGUCAAUUCGCUCGCUAUUCUAAAUUCGUACUUUAAAGUAUUUUCUUUACGUGCAAAGCUGCCACAAAGUAUUGAGCUUGAAGUUGAAACAGAUUAUGAAGAACUAGAAAGUUUAAAGAAUCUGAGAUUUUCCUUAUUUGGUGACAAGAUGAGUGAACAAAUUUUUGAGCUAUUCAGCUUAGCCCGAGAAUAUCAUUCUUCCAUCCGACUGCUGGCUCUUUCUUGCAUAGUGACACUCUAUAAAAGCGGCAUCCUUGGAAAAGAUUCUGAAGAAGACAUCAAGUUUAUAGUUAUCCCCAUCUUAAUUAGAUUGUUUUCUCAGUCUCAAGAAACCCAGCAGAUAGCUCCUCGGCUGUUGGCUAUGCUCGUCAAUGAAAAUGAAGCAAUGCAAAAAGUUGCAGCUAAUGCGAAUGUUAUUAUAUCUUCCAAGGAACUACUGGAUAAAGUUGUGAAACAUAGUAACGAAGAAUAUCCGAUAACGGAGGCCGGCUGUUUAACUGAUGCCUUAAGACUACCAACGAAUACUAAAGAACAGAAUGAUCUUAUAAUGGAGUCUCUGCUCUUAUUCAUUGCCGCCCUAACAACUUCCAAAGACGAAUAUCGGAAGAUGGUCGUGGAUGCCAACUACUUACCAAUCAUAAUUGAUGCCUUGUCUAAUGAUUCAAAAGAUAUUAGAAAAGCAGCUUGUGAAUGCAUAUUGAGCUUAUCAAGAAGCGUGUAUAUCUUAAGGACAGGAUUAGCAGAGGCGGAUCUUAAUGAACCCUUAAUGAAACUUCUAAUUGAUUCGGACGUUAGAGUCCAGUCGUCAGCGAUGGCUGUCAUCUGCAACUUACUUUUAAAAUUCUCUCCGCUCCGUCACAAGUUUUUAACCCCCGACUUUAUAAACGUUCUGGUUGCAAAUACUGCAGCCAAAGACAAGUCUUUAAGAAGAAAAGCCGUAUGGGCUUUAAGGAAUAGCGUUUAUGAGAAUGAUGAAAUAUUGAAAAGAGAAAUCAUUCAAAAGCUAGGGCGCAAUCAAGUUUUGAAGCUUUGUAGUGAUGAAGAUAUAGGUGUUCAGGAACAAAUUCUACAAGUCUUCAGGAAUUUUGCGUGCCCCAAGGGUGAAGGCGUAUAUGAAUUUCUUGAAGUUAUAUCAUUACCAGUUUUAUUGAACGUCAUAUAUGAGAAACUUCUGACACGCAACUCCCUUUUAAUAGAACCUUGUAUAUUCACCUUGGUGCAUAUUGCAUCGAGUGAUGAUGAAUUUCGGGAUGCUAUCCUAGAAGAGAAAAACAUUCUGUUACUCAUAAAAGAUACAAUGCUUAAAGAAACUGAAUGUUAUCGGGCCGAACAUCUGUCAGAUAAUUCCAGUUCGACUGGUGGUAGCGAAAUGGAAUUGCAAGAUGAUGAGUAUGAUGUCGAGAUGCGUCCUGCUUAUGAUAUAUUAGAAGAUGACACUCUAGAAUCAAGUUCAGGAAUUCUUUUAGCAGGAAUAUGGCUUUGCAUAAGUUUGCUAGUGCCCAAUCAAAUGUCGACUCCUACUGAAGAAGAUAUUCAAGGAGCCAAAAUUUUGCGCGAAUUAGGAUUUGAAGAUUGCUUGUUUUUAUUACAAAAUCAUCCAUCUCCUGAUGUCAGAGAAAGAGUAAAGGAUGCAUUGGCUCGCAUCCACGUUUUCAACUAAUCUUCACAGGAGACGUUCUCAUACGCAACAGCUCCCACGAUGCUUCACGAAUCUUACAACCGUAACGAUACAGCUAUGCUUCUAUGAUUUUCUCCUUCUUUUCUUAAACUGAGAAAAGAAUAUCUAAUUAGUUAUGAUAUUAUGAUACAAUUGAGAAUUUAUGUAAAUAAAUGAAACAUCAUUUUGCAUAUUGUAAGUUCAAAAGACGAUGCACAAAAGAGCCGUCAAUCCUUAGA